GAGCAUAGAUUGCAAGCAGGGUGCAAUAUCGGAGGUUCCCGAGAGCGAACAGCGGAGAGAGAAGCGAAACUGUGCAAAAAACGUGCACGCAGCAGUCUUUAGCGCGGAGGUAGCCCCGUAGCGUUCGAAACGUAUUCAAGUUUUGUAAAGGCGAUUUACAUUUGACUUCGCGCACAUUCCCUUUACUUGGGGAAAGUUAAACUCGGGUUCGGGGGAUAGGAGCCGCCGCCUUGAGGCGCAGAAAGUGCAGUCGGUGGUCGGCAGUUGGUUCUGCAGGAAUGUCGCAGAAAGAGAGACCCGUGUUCUAUCGACAGGAGGUCAACAAGACGAUAUGGGAAGUGCCGGAGCGCUACCAGAACCUGUCCCCGGUGGGAUCUGGCGCCUACGGAUCCGUGUGUUCUGCGUAUGAUAUGAAGAGUGUUUUAAAGGUGGCUGUGAAGAAGCUCUCUCGGCCAUUUCAGUCCAUCAUCCACGCCAAGAGAACAUACAGAGAGUUGCGGCUGCUCAAGCACAUGAAACAUGAAAAUGUGAUUGGACUGCUAGAUGUCUUUUCCCCAGCUACUUCUCUAAAGGAAUUCACUGAUGUGUAUCUUGUGACUCACCUAAUGGGGGCAGAUCUCAACAACAUAGUAAAAUGUCAGAAGCUCACAGAUGACCACGUGCAGUUCCUCAUAUACCAAAUCCUCCGAGGGUUAAAGUAUAUCCACUCGGCAGACAUCAUUCAUAGGGAUUUGAAACCUAGUAACCUGGCAGUGAAUGAAGACUGUGAGCUGAAGAUUUUGGACUUUGGUUUGGCGCGACACACUGAUGAUGAGAUGACCGGUUACGUGGCUACGCGUUGGUAUCGAGCACCAGAGAUCAUGUUAAAUUGGAUGCAUUAUAACAUGACAGUGGAUAUUUGGUCAGUGGGGUGUAUAAUGGCAGAACUCCUCACUGGAAGAACUCUGUUUCCUGGCACUGACCACAUUGAUCAGUUGAAACUAAUCAUGCAGGUCGUCGGAACCCCAGGGCCUGAGCUCUUGAUGAAAAUAUCUUCAGAUUCUGCCAGGAACUACAUCAGCUCCUUGCCACAAAUGCCCAAGAGGCACUUUGCUGAUGUGUUCAUUGGUGCCAACCCACAAGCUGUGGAUCUUUUAGAGAAAAUGUUGGUUUUGGACACGGACAAGCGAAUAACAGCAGCCGAGGCUUUGGCUCACCCCUACUUCGCUCAGUACCACGAUCCAGACGACGAGCCUGAAGCCGAGCCUUACGACCAGAGCUUUGAGAGUCGUGAGCUGGAGAUAGAAGAAUGGAAAAGAUUAACCUAUGAGGAGUUGUGUAGUUUUGAGGCACCUGUCUUUGACGAGGAUGACAUGGAGUGACGAGAUGAGCUACCAGCAACAGCAGCAUCCAACAAAUUUGUAACAAACGCAAACGUGCAUUAGUGUUAAAGUCUCAGACAUUUGCAUAUUAGUUGUAUUAAUCUUUAUCAAUCAGGAAAACCUUUUCCACAUUUUGACCUGAAAGAAAUACCAGCACAGGAAGCAAGAGCUUGACGUUUUAUGAACCACUAAUGUUCCGAUGCUGGGGAAAUGUCACUUGUUGCCAAUAGUGAAAAAUUUAUAUAUUGUGAAAUUGAGACUUUGAUGACUCAUCACUGUGACUCUGCGAUGCUGAAACACCUGGACCUAUAGCUGUGCUAUUUUGUGUUUUUAAUUUUCUAUUUAGUAAGUUAUGAAUAAGCUUUUUCUAUCUAUCAUUCAAUCAAAAAAGGAAUGUGCUAAUAUGCUGGUCUGCCACUCACCCUGCCACGUUUUCACAUAUAGCACUGGGUCACAUGUACUUGUAACAUGAUUUUUGAUUCAGCUAUCGCCACGAUUUAUUCUGUAUUUAAAGAGAUUACAUUGAAGGGUUUCCUUUCUGAUGGUAGAUUUUACAGUUUUUAAGUUUUUAGAAUGUGCUUGUUCUGUGUAAUCAUUGACCUUUAGUACUCACCAACUGAGUUUCACACAUUUUGAUGUUCAUAAUUUAAAUGCCCUCUGAGACAUUUUGGCAACAACAAUCUGAGCCUCCGCUGUCAAAGAAUAGUGCUUUUCAAUGUGUCAUCUAAAUAGGAAAAAUAAAUAUUUAUGGGUACAUGCUCUGGUCAAAAAUAUGUAAAUAUCUGUCAUAAUUUUUUAAUUUCUGACUUCUGAAGCAAGAACUUUUAGCAUGUACAGUGCAUCAGUCAAAUACUUUGUGUGUGUCUGCGAGAUUGUGUUGUUGGUUUACAGGAGUUUUAAAGUGUCAUGCUGAAACAUUAAAUAGAAAUACUGCUUAAGUGUGUAAAAGAGGGAUUAUACAUGUAUUUAUACUUUGUGGAGGUGGUAUUUAUAAACAAUCAAAAGUUCCCUAAAUCUAUUUUCAGUCCUGCAGAUUUAACUACCAUCUUCAGUCAUUUGUUAAACAAAAUAAAGACUUAUUUUUAAGAGA